AUGUCAAUCCUUAACAUAUAUGGUAUACAUGUUCAUGGGCUUUUCAAUGGCUUAAUGGCCCCUCUCUAUGUGGGUUCCACGGUUGAAUUUUUGCCAAAAUUUAGUGUGAGGGGAGUUUGGCAGAGAUGGCGUGAAUCAUAUCCAACUGAUGGUUCUAAGGCUGAUGAUGCUAUAACUGUGUUCACUGGAGUUCCAACUAUCUAUGCCCGAUUGAUACAAGGUUAUCAUGCAAUGGAUCCUGAGCUACAAGAUGCUUCAGCGUCUGCUGCAAGUAACUUACGUCUUAUGAUGUGUGGGUCCUCUGCACUUCCGCUACCUGUUAUGCACGAAUGGGAAGCCAUCACUGGCCAUCGCCUGUUGGAACGAUAUGGUAUGACUGAAUUUGUUAUGGCAUUGUCGAAUCCAGUGAAAGGUGAGCGCAAGCCAGGAACUGUUGGCAAACCAUUUCCUGGUAUACAGGUGAAGAUUGUUGCAGACGAAGAGGGUGAGAAUGGCAACACGGGAAUGGGUGAACUUUGCGUUAAAAGCCCGUCAUUGUUUAAAGAAUAUUGGAAACUUCCUGAGGUAACUAAGGAAUCAUUUACUGAGGAUGGAUUCUUUAAGACUGGAGAUGCAGUUACUACAGAUGAAGAUGGAUAUUACAUCAUUUUAGGACGUACUAAUGCUGAUAUAAUCAAGGCUGGUGGCUAUAAACUUUCUGCAUUAGAAAUUGAAUCAGUUAUCAUAGAGGCAAGGAUGAAGGAUGAAUAUUCACAAUCAGAACAUUUUUUGCAGCAUCCAGCAGUCUCAGAAUGUUGCGUUUUAGGAUUACCAGACAAAGACUAUGGAGAGAUUGUUGGUGCAAUCAUUGUGCCACAUGCUGAUGUUAAACGGAAGCGAGAUCAAGAAUCAAAGCCUGUUCUAAGCCUAGAAGAAUUAUCCACCUGGGCCAAAGACAAAAUUGCACCUUACAAGAUUCCAACUCAACUAAUCGUGUGGGACGAACUCCCUCGCAAUGCCAUGGGGAAGGUAAAUAAAAAGGAGCUGAAGAAACUGCUGGUUUCUGAACAGUGA